CAUGUCAGAAUAAUAGAAAUUCAUUGGAAACAUCUUAUCAAAAACCAAGUCCUUAAUCACCACAAAUUAUUCAAAACUUCCAUUAAAGUAAACUUUAAGCUUAUAAUUAAUAGAGCACCUAAAUUUGUGGAAAACAUCAUUAUCUAUGCAGACACAGUAACUCAACCCUAUGUUUAAAAAGUGACAGACACUGUAGAUGAUAACAUAAAUAGAAGUUUCCAGAUAGUUCAAUCAUAUGAAAAAACAUUCAACAUAGCAGAACAAGGAUAGAAACUCAAGUAGAAAGGAAAAGAACUUACUGAUUAAAUAAGAGAGAACUCAAAGAAGGCUCUUGAUUAAGGAGUUGAUUUGGCCAAGAACAAUGGCGCUACUUAAUUUGUGUUACAUACUUGCGACAAUGUAGCUAAUAAAGUCUUUACUUCUAUUGAAGGCAAUAUAGCCAAAUUAUAGAAGGCUAUUUUGAAAGAAGCUAAGGCCAAAAGUUCAGAAUAAACCUAUAAUCAAAGAACUGUUCAAUUAGCUCAUAAUCUUACAGAAUUAACUCAAGGACUCUUUACAUUAUUGAAGAAUGAGAUUCAAACAGUUGGUGGUUAAAAACUUCAAAACUUAAAGGUCUUUGUUACACUCAAUUUUAAAUAACAUUUGAAUGCCACUUUAUUCACAUAUAAAGUAAUUGUUGUCUAACCAAUCUCAAGUCUUUAUACAACUUCAUUUGAAGAACUAAAGUCUAGACUUAAUGUUUUAAGAGAGAAUUAUAACAAUAAAGAAUUAAUCAAAUACUUAAAAGAAUAAUUAAUAUCACUCAAAACAUUUAUUGAAGCUUAAAAGUUUGAAGAAUUUAAAAAACUCUUAUUUACAGCUUUAUAAUAAUUGAAUAUCAUUACAAUUGUUAAGUCAUAAUAUUAAAAAACAAUUGAAACAUAUCAAAAUAGUUUAGUUGAAUAAAGAAAAGAACAAGAAGAGGAGAAAUAACCAGAACAAGUAAUAUAGGAAACAUAAACCAUAGAAUGAA